UUUAAUUAAGAAAAAAGAAAGAAAAUAAGGAGAGAAGAAAGAAGAAAACCCUCAAAUUCAGCAAAACGUCAAAGGCUACUCUCUUCAUUUCUCAAUCGCCUCCCUCCCCAACCCCCAUUCCCUCUCUCCCUCUAAUCUCCUCAAUCCACUGUGAAUCUCCACACCACACGACGCAGUGUUGAUCCCUCAAAAGAACCCUCCUUCCCGUUUCUGAUUGAAUUCCUCAAUCUAUCCGCUUUGCAUUUCCUUCCUCAGAUUCGCCGACCUCUCCUUUACCACCUCUGUUGGGCACAAAUUUUUAGGGUUUUGAUUGAUUGAUUGAUAAUCUGAACUUGCCCCUCUAUAUUCACAGUUUAGGGUUCUUUAGCUCCGGUUCCCUUUUUAAUUUUUUUUUUUUUUGGGGUGUGGCUAGGUUUUCAGUCAAUCAACAGAUGUAUGUUUCCCUUGUAUAGUUCCUCGUAAUACAGUGCUAGUUCUCCCCCCUUUGACGCCCUCGUCGGUGAACUGUUUCCGUAGUGGCUUGUUGCUGGCGAUUUCUGCUCCCGGGUUCCGUUUUCUUGGUGGGGUUGCGUUGUUUUCGGUGCUUUCGGGUUGCCCAGUUGAAAGAAGUAAUGUGUUUGUGCGUGCAAGUUGCUGCCGGGUUCCUGUCUUGGGCGAUAUAAUCGCCUGCAACUGGCUGGCUGGGGAAAGACUGCGACUUCCUUUAGUUUCUACUUGAAUGCCUGCUCUAGGCUGUUCGUCUUCUGGGGUUUGGUGGAAGGCACUGAGGUGCUGAAACGGGGUAGGGGUGCCGAUAAGGGUAUUCGAGAUUGAGCUUGCAGUGGGGCGUGUAUGGGCAAGCAUGAGGAGUGGGCACAGCCACCAAGUGGGCUCUUGCCCAAUGGGUUGUUGCCCGGUGAGGCUGCCUCCGUGACACGGGUUCUUGAUUUGGACCGGUGGUCCAAGGCUGAAGAGAGAACAGCAGAGCUCAUUGCCUGCAUUCAGCCCAACCAACCCUCCGAGGAACGUAGAAAUGCCGUCGCCGAUUAUGUGCAACGCCUCAUCGUGAAAUGCUUCCCUUGCCAGGUGUUCACUUUUGGUUCUGUUCCACUGAAGACUUAUUUGCCCGAUGGGGAUAUUGACUUAACGGCAUUCAGUGAGAAUAGGAAUCUGAAGGACACCUGGGCUCAUCAGGUCCGGGAUAUAUUGGAGAGUGAGGAGAAAAAUGAAAAUGCUGAAUUUCGUGUAAAAGAGGUUCAAUACAUUCAGGCGGAAGUGAAGAUAAUAAAGUGUCUUGUUGAGAACAUAGUCGUUGACAUAUCAUUUAAUCAGCUUGGCGGACUAUGCACCCUUUGUUUUCUAGAAGAGGUGGACAAUUUGAUUAACCAAGAGCACUUAUUCAAACGCAGCAUCAUACUAAUAAAAGCAUGGUGUUAUUAUGAGAGCCGUAUACUGGGUGCUCAUCAUGGACUUAUUUCGACUUAUGCUCUAGAAACCCUGGUUCUUUACAUCUUUCACAUAUUCAACAAGAAGUUUGUCGGGCCACUUGAGGUCCUUUAUCGUUUCCUAGAGUUUUUUAGUAAGUUUGACUGGGACAACUUCUGUGUGAGCUUACGGGGCCCUGUACCUAUCGGUUCACUUCCAGAUGUAACAGCUGAGCCUCCAAGGAAGGAUGAUGGCGAUUUAGUUUUGAACAAGAGGUUUCUUGAUGCAUGUAGCUCUGUAUACGCUGUUUUCCCAGGUGGUCAGGAAAAUCAAGGACAAGCUUUCAUCUCAAAACAUUUCAAUGUUAUUGAUCCAUUACGAGUGAACAACAAUCUUGGCCGUAGCGUUAGUAGAGGCAAUUUUUUCAGAAUACGGAGUGCAUUCGCUUUUGGUGCUAAGAAACUUGCAAGAUUACUCGACUGUCCUAAAGAUCACUUACUUUCUGAAAUAGACGACUUUUUCACUAACACUUGGGACAGACAUGGCAGUGGGCAUCGGCCUGAUGCCCCAAGGAAUGACUUGAGGCUUUUAAGGUUGCACAGCACGGAAAGCUUAAAUGGGUCUGAAAAUCAGCGGAACAGUCCAAGUAGCCGAAAAGGUGAUGUUUCCUACAGUCAUGAAUCUCAAAUUGAAGGGACCCAUGGAUCACUUGUGAAUCAUCCUUCUGAAAGUGUGUCUAGAACCAUCGAUGCUUCUCUCUCUCGAGCUCAUACACAGAAGAACUACGGAAAUUUGAACAAUUCAAGGGCUGAUCAUUUCAGGCGGGAAACAAGUUCCAAGCAAGGUUUCAACAUGAACAAAGAUCAGAGAAGCUCCAGAGCUGAUAUGUUGACUGACAUCCAGGGAAGGUAUCUUUUUGCAAGAACGCAUUCUAGUCCUGAACUUACUGACUCAUACAGUGAAGUUUCAUAUCAAGGGAGGCGCAGCAGAGUGCCAGAAAGUGGAAAAAACCAGACGAAUUCUGCAAGGGUGGAUGGUAACAGGAGGAAGAAUCUGGAAUUGGAUAUAGUUAGACAAGAUGCUCCUUCCUGUCCUGAUGAUUCUUCAUUUGGGAGGCAUGUUCCAUCACAGCAGAGCAUUGAUGCCACUGUUGCAGAUUCCAUCAGUGUAUCCGAUAGUUACCGAGAGGAUGAUGCUCGAUUAGGGGUUGUAGGUGAAGAAUUUGCAUCUGUUUCGGGGGCACAGGGAAUGCAUCAAGAACAGCAAGAUUUCAUGAACAUGAUGGCGUCUUCUCCUAGUCAUGGUUUUAAUGAUCAACUUCACAUGCCCCUGAACUUACCUUCAGGUCACCUGCCUCUGAAUUUACUUACGAUGGGAUAUGCUCAGAGAAAUUUGGCGGGAAUGGUUCCUACAAAUAUUCCCAUGAUUGAGACUCCGUGGGGCACAAAUGUACCAUUUCCUCAUGGAUUAGUCGCUCCGCCCUUAGCCCAUUAUUUCCCUAAUGUUGGUGUGGCAUUUAGUGCAGAAGAGUCUCUGGAGUCUGGGGAUCAAAAUUUCAAUUCCGCUGCUGGUGCAAGCACCGGGGAAGCUGAUCAUUCCUUCUGGCAUGACCAGGACCAGGGUUCUGCUGAAGGUUUCGAUCUCGAUAAUGGAAAUUUUGAAGCUCUUCACACAGAUGAACAUCAUCAACACUCCACGGCAACUUCCAACAGUUCUAUUCCUUCAUCGAGGAUGGUUGGCUCCGGCAGUUACCGAGCUCACCAGAGGUCCAUAAGAGAAAACCGGAUCACAGGUAGAGAAGACCAUUCUGAUGCUUCUUUUCAUCAAGGAAGUAGGGAGAAUGAAGUUUAUUUGGAUGAUAGGUCUGCUGCAAGCUCAAGAUCCAUUCGAUCUACUCAUAGUAGUUCGAUUAGAAGUAAGACAUCAUCAGAGAGCUCUUGGGAUGGAUCAUCAGCAAAGGCAUCGAGAUCUAGUAGAGAAAAAAGAGGUAGGAAAGGCAGUUCUUCUGCCGUUCCAUCUACUGUGUAUGGGAAGGGUAAGAACUUAUCUGAGCAUGCCUCUGCUCCCACAGACGAUGACAGCAGAGACUGGAACCAGGCAUCAACUGGAGGAACUGAAAUGACAAGCCCAGGACCUCAACCUGUUGCUUCCUUGCAAGUUGCAAUGCAGCAUCAAAUGGCCAGCUUCGAACCAGCUCAAGCUGGGGGAUCAGACUCUGUUUUACCUAUGGGUCCAGUUCUACUAGGGCCUGGUUCUCGACAAAGACCUGGAGAUAAUUCUAAGCUAAUUGCCUUCUACCCUACAGGGCCACCAGUUCCCUUUGUGGCAAUGCUUCCUGUGUACAAUUUUCCAAGCGAAACGGGUAGUGCUGAGGCCUCGACAAGCCAAUUUAGCAGAGAGGAUGGACUUGACAAUAGCAACUCUGGUCCGAACUUUGAUUCUACAGGCAGAGGCCAUCAUCCUGAGGCAGUAAAUGUGCCCACUAACUCUCUAGGACAGGUGGCUGCUUCUCCUGGGGAGCUAUCUGAGCACAAGUCUGACAUACUUAACAGUGACUUUGCUAGCCACUGGCAUAAUCUGCAGUAUGGGCGGUUCUGCCAGGACACACAUUUUCCUCCUCCCUUGGUUUAUCCUUCUUCACCUGGUGUCAUGUCUCCUGUCUAUUUACAAGGUCGUGUCCCGUGGGAUAGUAAUACUGCAAGACCAAUAUCUGGCAAUACGAAUCUCUUUACUCAGCUAAUGGGUUAUGGGCCACCACGUUUUGUUCCCGUUGCUCCAUUUCAGCCCGUUUCCAAUGGACCUGCCAGCAUCUAUCAUGUUGAUGAGAUGCCAAGAUAUCGUAGUGGGACUGGAACUUACUUGCCAAAUCCUAUUCAGAAGGUUUCUCCACGGGAGCGGCAUUCAUCCAAUACCAGGAGGGGGAAUUACGGGUUUGAGAGGUCAGAUCACCACAGUGAUAGAGAAGGCAAUUGGAACUCUGGCCCAAAGUCACGAGCUUCUGGGCGUGGACACAGUCGAAAUCAGGCUGACAGGCCAACUUUAAGGCCAGAAAGAGUGGCACCGAGUGAGAGCCAGUCAGAGAGGCCGUGGAGCUCUUCGUAUAGACAAAACUCAUUUUCUUCAUCUUAUCAUUCUCAGAAUGGUCCUAUUCACUCCAGUGCCGCCACACAGGGAGGCCCGUCCAAUUUGGCACAAUAUGGCAUGUAUCCUCUUCCGGCAAUGAAUCCGAAUGCAGUUUCAUCAAAUGGAGCCACUCUUCCACCCGUUGUCAUGUUUUAUCCAUAUGACCAUUAUCAUGGCACUGGGUACAGUGGUUCUCCUGUGGCAGAGCAGCUUGAGUUCGGAUCCCUUGGAGAAGUGGAUUUCCAAGGAGUGAACGACAUGUUGCAGCUGACAGAGGGCAGUCACCGAUCAAGUGGACCGCCCCUUGAGGAGCAGAUGUUUCAUGGGAGCCCUGCUCCGCAGUCCUCACCAGACCAGCCCUCUUCGCCCCAGCUUCGGAGAUGACUGAUUUUGAGGAGCUACCAUUUUCGAAGGUACAAAAAAAGAAAAAAAGAUGCAGCAAAGUUUUUGUGCAGCAUUGCUCAUCCCCUUGUCAUGGUUGAGCUAUUGAAUUUGCUUGCACGCUCCAUUGCACUGAAGCACGUCAACGGCAACACUCAUUAGAAAAAGCAGUGAUGGGCACAGAGUUUCCACCCACUGCCAACUUUUCAGGACGCCAUCUCCAUCACCUUCUUUUCAAGGGGGGAGUUUGGUUCGUCUCCAAUCAACGACCGUAUUGGGCUAAGAGUUUUGUGGAGUUCCCUUCUAGCUGUCUCAUGGAAGGUAUGAUUCUUGGUGUUGGCUGUCUGGAGGAGCGCCCCAAUACAAAGGAUUUGUCGAUGAUGUGGAUCAUGGUUGUCACCGAUCAGUCACAUGCUUCAACAAUGAAGUGCUUAGUUUCUAUAAUGAUUGUUGCGUGAGGACUUGUUUCCUUGUAUCUGGUAGUUUUCACUGGCUAUGGAGGAUCGAAGAAAGAAUGGCUUACUACACUUGCUCCCCCCCUUGAUGAGAGGAGCGCCAGUGGUUAGAUUCCCGACUCAGGUACUAGAUUUUUUACAUUUCUAGGAUUUACUCACGACUCAGUAUUAGUUUAGUAGGAGUCGAAUUAUAUGGGUAUGUUCUUUGAGGAUUUUUGCUUUUCAUACAUAUGUACGAGGUCCUCCAUUUGUAAGCUGGGGACCCACCAGCUAAGCUACUCUUCCUUCAGGGUCUUUUUUUUUUUUUUUUGUUCUUAGCAUCUAAAAUGCUACAUUUUAGAAGAUGAUGAAAAAGUUUAGAUCA